AUGGCGCCCGACCAGGCCAGCACACCUGAGGCCACGGUGCCAGGCCCAGCACUGCGCAUCAAGCCACUGGGCGGCUCGACCCUGGAGGUUCCCAUUGUGUGCCUUGGGACGAUGACCUUCGGCAAGCAAAACUCGGAAGAGGAGUCCUUUGCCCUCCUGGACUAUGCCUUUGAGCGGGGCGUCAACUUCCUCGACACCGCUGAGCUGUACCCCGUUCCCCCGAGCCCAGCGACAUCUGCUGACACCGAGCGCAUCAUCGGGCGCUGGAUGAAAGCCCGCAGCAUCCCCCGCGACAAGAUCAUAAUCACUACCAAGGUGGCUGGGGAAAUCCCUGGCCUGGACAGAAGCUUCAUUGUAGCCGCCAGGAGCGAAACCCCAGCUGAGGCUGCGUCACAGCCGCAGCCCAAGCUGCGUGCCGCGGAGAUCCGCGAUGCGUGCGAGGCGAGCCUGAGGCGGCUGCAGACAGACUAUAUCGACAUAUACCUCAUCCACUGGCCCGCGCGCUACGCGCCGUGCUUUGGCAAGCGGCGCUACCGGCCGGAGUUGGAGCGCGAGUCCCCCUCAGUGGAGGAGCAGGUGGAGGCCAUAGGGCAGCUCAUCCAGGAGGGCAAGAUCAAGGAGUGGGGGGUCUCCAACGAGACGACGUUUGGGGUGUGCACCAUCUGCGAGGCGGCCAGGAAGCUCGGGGUCAAGCCGCCCGUCGCCAUCCAGAACGACGUGAGCCUGGUGCUGCGGUCGUACGAGGGCGAGCUGGCAGAGGCCUGCGCGCCGCGCAACAACAACAUAGGCCUGCUGGCGUACGGCUGCCUGGCGGGCGGCACCCUGACCGGCAAAUACCGCGGCGGCGUGCGCCCGGAGAAGAGCCGGCACACAAUUUUCCCAGGCUUCCAGCCGCGCUACCUCUCUGACCGGGUGGCGGCGGCGACCGAGCGCUACGCUGAGCUGGCGGAGUCGAAGGGCCUCACGCCGACGCAGCUCGCGCUGUCGUGGGCUGCGACGCGCUGGUACAUGGCGUCUGUCAUUAUCGGCGGCACCACCGUGCAGCAGCUCAAGGACAACAUUGACGCCUGCUGCCUGGCACUGGACCCGGAGGUCGAGGCGGCGGUGGACGAGCUGUACCUCACUUUCGGCGACGCCAACCUCACAGACUGA